AUGACUAAAAUGUUAUCCGCCCAGGAGGCUGCUAAGAUCUACCACACAAAUUACGUGAGGAACGCACGAGCCGUCGGAGUGCUGUGGACCAUCUUCACCAUCUGCUUCGCCAUCAUCUGUGUGGUGGUCUUCAUUCAGCCGUACUGGAUUGGAGACAGUGUCGACACCCCUCAGUCAGGAUACUUUGGGCUUUUUCACUACUGCAUUGGGAACCCCAUCACAGGAGAGCUGGUGUGUAAAGGCAGCGCUUUGGACUUUGGGUCCAUCCCAUCAGGUGCCUUCAAAACUGCGAUGUUCUUCGUUGGGAUCUCUUUGCUGCUCAUUGUGGGGACUAUCGUCUGCUUUAGUUUGUUCUUCUUCUGCAACUCAGGCAGCGUCUACAAAAUCUGCGCAUGGAUGCAACUGGCAGCUGCGACUUGUAUGGUCAUCGGCUGUAUGAUCUAUCCGGAUGGCUGGGACUCAGAGGAGGUGAAGAGGAUGUGCGGUCAGCGAACGGAUAAAUACACGCUGGGUAACUGCACGGUGCGCUGGGCGUACAUCCUGGCCAUCAUUAGCAUCAUGGACUCCCUCACAUUAUCGUUCCUGGCCUUCGUACUGGGCAACCGGCAAGACAAACUGCUACCCGAAGACUUCCAGGUGGAGGAAAAGAAAGAGGAAGCAUGAAGACCCCUGAACAUCAUCUGGCUCAAUGGACCCUGUGGGUUUUUUCAAGCCACUUUCUG